CUAGAAAGAGACAGAUCAAUUCUAAAUUCACUUGGCCUCUUAAAGAAAAUUGUGUUUUGUAUAUGACAUGACCCAUUAAGUGCGUGUUUUGCGUCAAUCGGCUGCGCAAGAUUCUCAGAUCAAAGUCGCCAUAUUGGUAACUAUCUAAUCAAAAAUAUUAAGCCAAGUUAUUAAGUUUUGAUAGUAAAGAAGAUUAGUGAGCAAGUGUGAUGUCUGUGUUAAACCAAAGUGGUGAGGAGCAGGUGGAGUGUCCUUUGUGCAUGGAGCCUCUUGAGGUGGAUGAUUUAAACUUCUUUCCAUGUACCUGUGGAUAUCAAAUCUGCCGUUUUUGUUGGCAUCGAAUUCGCUUGGAUGAGAAUGGCGGUUUGUGUCCUGCGUGUCGUAAAGCGUACUCCGAGAACCCGGCCGAUUUCAUCCCACUGUCCCGCGAGCAGGUAGCCAAGUUGAAGGCGGAAAAGCGACAACGUGACCAGCAACGUAAGGCCAAGCUCUCUGAGAGUAGAAAACACCUGGCCAGUGUUAGGGUAGUACAAAGGAAUCUGGUGUUCGUCGUAGGUCUUCCACCUAGGCUAGCGGAUCAAGAAGUUCUAAAACGGCAUGAGUAUUUCGGGAAGUUUGGAAAGAUUCAUAAAGUGGUGAUAAAUCAGUCUACAUCAUACGCGGGUUCGCAAGGUCCCAGUGCAAGUGCCUAUGUGACUUAUCUAAAAAGCGACGAUGCUCUGCGAGCUAUUCAAGCUGUCAAUAAUGUCACAAUAGACAACAGAGUGAUAAAAUCGAGUCUUGGUACCACAAAGUACUGUUCCCAUUUUAUGAAAAACCAGGGAUGCCCAAAGCCAGACUGCAUGUAUUUACACGAAUAUGGAGACCCUGAAGCUAGCUUUACGCGAGAACAAAUGCACGCGGGGAAACACCAAGAGUACGAGAAGAAGCUACACGAGGAUCUCCUGGCGCGGACGAAGGCUCAACAACAGGGUGGACAGCAACAGCAGAGCAUAGAUGUCAAAGGGACUCCAUCAUCCUCGGCUGUUCAGAGUAAUAAAAGCGCGAAAGAAGGGGCAAAUGUUUCGAACACCACUUCUUCGAAAGAUAAUAGUAAUGGUGGCAAUAAAGAAAAUUGGCCACAAUUAGACAAAGAAAAGAAACAAGAAAAGGACAAAGGAAGAAAAGGCAAAACGAAAAACAACGGGGAUAAAUGUAAAGAGCAUAAUAGUAAAAAAGAUGGGAAAACUAGCAACAGUAAUAGUGAGAGUAGGUCGUCUCAAGACAGUAGAACCACUAGUACAAGUAGUAAUGGUAGUCAGCAUAAUAUAAUUAGUACAUUAGAAGCAAAAGAUUCAGAUUCGUCGUAUCCCUCACCUGAAUUAUCGAACGAACCAAGUCCUUCUUCUUCCCCGCCUAGUACACAAUCGCCACCGCUCCUUGAACCACGGGAGCCUACUCCCAGCGAAUCUUCUGAUUCGUCCCUGGGUCCCGCUCAGUUCAUAGCCCCGCCCACCGCUUCGUUUUCCGUCAAUAACGUGGCGGUUAAUUCUUCGUUUGCUAACCAGCUGCCUCCCAGCCUAGGAGGACAUUUGGAACACGACAGUAACUCGUAUUUUAGUUCGAAUGGUUUUAGUAAGUUGCAAAGCAACUUGCACCAAGGGAAUGUGAUAGAUAAGGAGCGAUUGUUAGCAGAUAGGCAGCGACUCAGUGGCGGAGAGCUGGGCGUAUCUAGGAGUUUAGGGGAGGCGUUGCACGAUGAUCAAGGGCACCAGGUACUAACAGAUACAUUACCAAACAUAAAUACUACCGAAGACUGGGCGGCAGCAUUCGGUUUUAUUCAGCCAUCUCGGGAACAAGACCAUCUGCCACAGAAACUACAACAGAGGGAAAGUAAUAAAUUAUCCGGCUAUCCUGGCUUCGGCCCCUUGGGUACUCAUGAGACUGCUUUUGGUAAAGGUAUAGAUAAUUUUAGUGGUUUCUACGAAAUAUCAAAAAUACAAGAGAACCUUAUGGAUGCGUUAGCAAGUAAAACAAAUACUUUUAACAUUAGGCCUCAAGAAAAUCCUCCUACACACAUUUCAAAUGGUUUAGAUCACAAUAUGUCAAAAUUCUUUAGCGAUUUUCAUAAAUUUAAUAAUAAGGAGCCGCCUAGCCCAUCGUCUUUUCAAAACGGUCUUAAUGGUUUUCAUAAUGCUUACCAUCACAUAGUUCAACAGAAACAAUUAGAGGAACAGCUUAUGAAUCUCUCUCUUAAGCAGAAUAAUUUUGGAGCACAAACGAGUAUAUACCAAAAUAAUAUCCAAACACCCACAUAUACGAAUGGGGACACGUCAUUGUUAAAUGGUGGUAUUGGUUCUGUACAUUGUCUAUAUUCCAAACCACAAGGAGUCUCACCACAAACUCAAAACACUAGAAAUUCAGAGGCAGAGUUGGACUUCGAUCCUUUCCAAGAAACACAAAAAGCAUUUGCAGAAAUUAUGGCAAAUGAACCAAGUCACAAACAACAUAAUCCAGGCCUAAAUACAGGUCGUCAAAUAAAUGGGCUAGUUCAUAAUCAAAAUAGUACACAUAUACCUCCACCACCUCCAGGCUUUUUACAACAACAACAAACGCAUAUGAACUCUUUCGGUAGUAAAAUUUUGCCUUUUCUAAAUAUGUCAAAUAGUCAACAACAAAUUAAUAGUCCAUCAAAUAAUUGGCCUAAUAGCUUUAAUUCACAAAUGCAACAAAAAAAUAUUACAAACACAUGUAACGAUUGGAAAGUAUUAGACCCGGCCAUCUUGAGCUCUAGCCGAAGCUACCAGCUACCUCAGAUGCCACCUUCACAGGGUGUUCGAGAUCCCUAUGCCAUGUCGCCCCUCGGCAGCCAGCCACAAAUCACACAAAACGGCCCUGUAAGACCAUAUGAGUUUCCGCCGAAUAGCAGCAAUCCAUUUUCGACGUUCACGCAACAAAUACAGCAACCCAAUUUAAAUUCAUUUACACACCUGAACACGCCCCAGAACGUGAAUAAUAUAAAUUGGUUUGCACCCAAUGAUAUAAAUUCACAAAUUUCCAGCCCACCGGGUUUUAGAAAUAGUCAGACGUCUAAGCAGCAAGAAUGUUAAGGUUUUCUGUGGUAGAUGUUAGCUAUAUAUGGAUCGUAUUUAUUUAAUUUAAAAAAAAAAAGAUGAUUAUUGAUUUAUUCAAGCAAUAAAUGCGGCAUAACUCUUUAUUUCUUUUAAUUAACUUGUGCAAUAUUUCUGUCUUACCUUUUUUUUCUUUAUUUGUCUUGACGCAGAUCGACACGGCAAAUACCUGGAGAGUUUUAGUGGUCCAAAAAUAUAUGUUUUUUUUUUUAUUCAUAUCUUUCAAUGGUACAAUCUUCCAGCCCAUGAUUAAGAUAGGCCUAAAAGUAAUGAAUAAGUGACUUCCUAAUAUUAUUUGUACUAAUUUGGCAUAAACAUUUUUAACAACAAUCUUUCUUGUAAGAACUCAUUUUGUCUCCUUAUACUUUUUUUUAUCUAAAAUGAGUGAAAAAAAAGAGUGAACUCAUUAUCAACCAAUCCUAACAAUUUCAAGGGUUUUUAAAGUUAUAUGAAGCUACUAAAAAAAAAUUUUAAAGCUGUUUCGCCGGCAUACCUCGUUGAAUUCGUACGUUGUUGCAAGAAACUAUAAGCAUGUACUGUUGUUGUAAAGUUGAUGUAAAUUCGUCAGUAUUAGGUAUUGCAAGAAACUAUUUUCAAAACCUUGUUCUAUAAAGGGUUUUGAAAUGAGUUAUGAUUAGAGUAUAAAAUAUUUUUGCGCCCUUAAAACUGCCCAGGCAAAAAAUGUAUCAACUAAAUUAUUUAUUUGUGCUGCAUGAGACGUGCGAUCCAUAAACAAGCUAUAGCAAAAUAUUCCUACUACCAAAUCUUAUCUAAAUUUAAAAGAUUGCAUUAUGGAAAUUAUAAAAUACUGGUGCGUGGUCACAGAAAAUUGAACUAAUAUUGUCUAUUGAUUUCAGUAUAAUUGAAAGUAAAACAGCUAAAAUAUAAUGUAUUACAGUAUU